UUUACUUCAGCGCCAUCUAUUGUUAAGGUGGCAAACGACAAGUCAUCAACAAAUCGCUACAUUCUAAUUUUCUACCCGAAAUAUUAACGAAGAUUUUUAGAAAAUGUCCGUUUAAUAACUAAAUAUGGAGACAUUUCUCAAUUCUAGUAGGAAAAAUUUAACUAUUUUAGAUCAAUUGAAACAAGUACAUGUAGUCUUGGGAAAUGAAGCUUGUGAUUUGGAUUCAGUUGUAUCAACACUUGUUACAGCAUAUUUAUUUCAAAAUCUGAAUUUGGCUUUUGGAAUAAUAGUAUUCCCAGUUAUCAAUGUUCCCAGAGAAGAUCUCCGAAUUAGAACUGAAGUUACUUAUUUUCUUACAAAAUUAAACAUCCCAUUGGAUUUAUUAAUAUGCAAAGAUGAAUUUGAUUUUGAGAGACUUCAUAAUGAUGGUAAUCUUUCUGUUAUCCUUGUUGAUCAUAAUGUUUUGGCACCAAGUGAUUCAUUCUUAGAAACGUCUGUGAUAAGAAUAAUUGAUCAUCAUGUACAGGAAAAUAUUGUUAAAGAUAAAUAUGAUGUUACUAUUGAGUUAGUGGGGUCUUGUGCCACAUUAGUAGCAGAAAAAGUAUUUGAAAAACUUCCUGAUAUUUUAGAUACUCAAAUACUUAUGAUUAAUUCUUACACUACUUUUAUAUAUUUAGGUACUAUUAUAUUUGACACUGUUUGUUUAAAUGAAAAUGCAAAAAGAGUUACAAGUAAAGAUAUGGAAAUAGCUUCAAAAUUGGAAUCACUACUUAAAGAUGUAAAUAAAGAAGAAAUAUUUCAAGAAAUAAAAAAAGCAAAAUUUGAUGUCUCAGAUCUUACAUUUGAUGAAUUACUUCGGAAAGAUCUCAAGGUGAUUUCUAAUAAUACAAUAAACAUAGCUAUUUCUUCUCUUCCUAUGCUAUUACAGUCGGUAAAGACAUCUGAAAAUAUUGAAUCAACUGUGAAUCAUUUUUGCUCAAAAUUUCAAUAUAAUGCAGUUGUCAUGAUGGGUAUUAAUAUUAAAACUGAAACAGAAAUCAAGAGAGAUAUUGGUAUUUAUUCUCCUCUCUCUGAUUUACAACAACAGAUUAUAGAAUUUUUGAAAAAUUAUGAUGAUCCUAAUCUUGAAUUAGAAGAAUUGGAAUUUCCUUUUCCUUUAUUCAAUCAAAAAAAUUCCUCUGCAUCAAGAAAAUUUAUUUUACCUAUUUUGAAUAUAUUUCUUCAACAUCAGAUAGCUUCAGUGUCCUCUUCAUGUGAAACUAUGCCUUCGGUAAAGACAUCUGAAAAUAUUGAAUCAACUGUGAAUCAUUUUUGCUCAAAAUUUCAAUAUAAUGCAGUUGUCAUGAUGGGUAUUAAUAUUAAAACUGAAACAGAAAUCAAGAGAGAUAUUGGUAUUUAUUCUCCUCUCUCUGAUUUACAACAACAGAUUAUAGAAUUUUUGAAAAAUUAUGAUGAUCCUAAUCUUGAAUUAGAAGAAUUGGAAUUUCCUUUUCCUUUAUUCAAUCAAAAAAAUUCCUCUGCAUCAAGAAAAUUUAUUUUACCUAUUUUGAAUAUAUUUCUUCAACAUCAGAUAGCUUCAGUGUCCUCUUCAUUGUUUGUAUCAUAUCCUUUGUGUCAAAUUGGAAAUAUUGAAAAUUCUGAUGAUUUAAGUGAUUUUGAUCCUCUAAGUGCAGAAAAUGCAGACAGCAACCUAGGCAGUCCGAGAUACGGAUCUGGUUCUACAAAUCUAAUUGGUCGACUAGGUGUAUCUGGUGAGCCAUUGAGUUCUCAGAGUUCGUCGGCUCAAAAUUCUUGUCCUUACACUCCACAGAAUAGUUUUGUUGAAGAUUCUUUUGAUUUAGACGAUUCUCUAGUCAAGCAAACAGAAAGUCUUCCAAGUUUCAACAGUCGUGAAAUGAUUGAAAAAAUUGAACACAAAAGAGGAAAGCUCAGAGGUUACGAUAAAGAUACAGAUGUGUCAAGCAUAAGGGCAAUUCCUUUUACUCCCAAGAACAGUUUUUCAGAUAGCAGUUUCGAAUCUUAUGUUCCGCAGCAGAUUUUGGCCAUGGAUUCAGACAGUCUGAUCGAGAAAGUAAAGAAAAAGAAAGCAUCCCUGGUCGGAGGAGACGAAUUUUUAUCGUCGUUUGAAGAUGCGUAUGAAAUUCAAGCUGAUAAAACAGUUAACGACAAAUCUUCCGAGGUAAAAUGUACAGAAAAAACAAGCAUAGAUAACGAAAGCUUGCAGGAUGGACAAGAGUGUAAAUUAUCGUUAGGUCAGAAUUCCCCAUUAAUUCCUGUUAUCACGAUGACUCAGUUGGAUAAAACUGAAAUAAUUGAUCAUUGAUUUAUAAUCAGUUUGAUAAAAAAUAUUUCAAAUUGUAAAUAUUCAAAAAGGAUAUCAGUUUCUUUUAUUGUAAUAUAAACUUAUAUUUUGGUCUGGGGAAAAAUUUAAAUUUUUCACAUUAUAUAGCAGUACAAAAAUAAUCUAUUUGUUAUGCUGCUAAUGUAAGUUACUUUAACAUAAAUUUUAAUUCAGUAUUUGUGAUAUCUGUUUUAAAAAUUGAUUUAUUAUCUUUUAAAAAUAUUUGUGAUAAAAUAAUUAAACAAAUAUAUAAUUUCAGUUUAUUUG